CUUGCACGUGUGCGGUGUGUUUUGUUUUGCUCCAUGAGCUCGGUUUAAUUUAUUUAUAUUAAAAUUCGAUAUAAAACAAUGGUGGCCAAGGGGAAAAAGGCCAGCGCCGAUGCGGUUUAUGCCAAAAAGACGGUGAAGUCAUCGAAUCCGUUCGACAACUCUGUGGCACAGUCGAGCAAGCGGGGCCAGAAUCAAAAUCCGUUCGAUGUUCAUGUGAACAAGGAGAAGUUCAAGAUUCUGGGCAGGAUCUGCAAGCAUGACAGAGGAAUGCCGGGUGUAUCACGGUCCAAGGCCCUCCAGAAAAGAGCUCAAACCUUGGGUCAACAGUUCGCCGUGAAGCACAAGACAAAUCGGUUCAGGGAUAACCGAAUUGGCAAACAUUUAAGUGGCGAUCAGCUGACCGAGUCAGUGAUGAAUGCCCGCUACCUGGCCGAAAAGAUGUCCCAGGUGAGAUCUAACCAGAAGGCAGAGAAGUUCAAUCUCAACGACGACGAACUGCUGACGCACAGGGGACAAACUCUAGAGGAGAUCGAACAGUACAGGGACGAAAGGUCUGAUGAUGAAGAGCUGGACGACGAGGCAUUAGAUGCCGAGUUUACAUCUGCUGCUCACUUUGGCGGCGAUGGUGACACUCCCCAGGAUCGACAAACCGCCAUCGACGAGAUGAUCGUGGAACAAAAACGCCGCAAAAACGAAAUAGCCAAGGAAAAAGACGAGGUGUACGACCUUACUGAGAAACUAGAUGCCAAUUACAAGCUCCUUCUGCCGCUGGUGGCGAAGGCCACAAAGGAUGAACAGGACGCCAAGCCACCUCCAGAUGCUUAUGAUAAAUUGCUUAAGGAGAUGAUCUUCGAGCCGCGUGGCAGUGUCACCGAUAAACUCAUCAAUCCCGACGAGCUUGCAAAACAAGAGGCUGCUAGGCUGGAGAAGCUCGAAAACGAACGAUUGCGUCGUAUGCGAGCCGAAGGUGAAGAGGAUGAGGAAGCCUCCGUUGUAAAGCCUAAACAUCGUUCAGCCGAUGACCUAGACGAUGGUUACUUUUUGGCUGGUGGAGAUGACGAGGAUGAUGGUACGUUGGCCUACGAUUUGGAUGGAAAUCUGGGAACUCAUUUAGAUGGAAAGAAGGAAACCAAGGCGGAAGAAAACGGAGAAGAAGUGGAAGAUGAAGAGGGUGAAGAAGAGGAGGAUGAGGACUCCGAUGAGGAGAGCGAUUCAGAGAUCGACAACCUAAGUGAUUUAAAGGAAUCUGAGAGUGAAUCCGAAGCGGAAGAAACUCCUCAGGCAAGCAAAAAGAAAGUGAAGAAACCAACUGAAAUAACAACUGCCUCGUUGGACACCAGUAUCCCAUUCAUCAUUAAGAUGCCCAAGACUUAUGAAAACUUCACGGAACUUCUUUCCAAGCACGCACCUACCCAGAAGGCCACCAUUAUCGAAAGAAUCAUCAAAUGUAAUCAUCCCAAACUGGAAGGUGUUAACCGCGAGAAUGUAGUUAAAUUGUAUUCUUUCCUGUUGCAAUAUCUCAAGGAUUUGUUUGAGGAUGCCAGCGAGCAAGACAUUCGUGAACACUUCCAACUGCUCUCAAAGUUCAUGCCCCAUUUAUAUGAAUUAACACAAUUAAAUCCUGAACGCAUGUCCAAUACCUUACUGGAGGUAAUCAAGGAGAAAUAUGGAGAGUUUAGAAAAAAUCACAAGAUAUAUCCUUCACUAGACACACUAAUUUACUUCAAAUUGGUGGCCAACUUGUACUCCACUUCAGACUUCCGCCAUCCAGUAGCAACUCCUUGCUUUAUUUUCAUGCAGCACAUCUUGUCCAGAGCACGAGUGCGAACGCGUCAGGAUAUAUCCAUGGGUCUGUUUCUGGUUACCGUGGCCUUAGAGUUUGUUUCCCAAUCUAAGAGAGUGCUCCCAGCUGUUUUUAAUUUCCUCCAGGGUGUUCUGCACAUGUCCAUACCCAAGAGGGACGUAGAACAGUUGGAGAUUACGCCGCCCUUUGAGCGCGAUGGUCCUUUGAGCAAACUGCUGUCACUCCCAAGCAAUUCUGAAUGCAAGAACUUCGAGCCGCAGCGGCUACAGCCUGUGGAUUUGGUAACCCAAACAGUAACGUCAGAGUUUAAGGUAAGGGCACUAGAUACAACACUUCUGCUUAUCAAGGAAGCUCUUCACCUCGUGGAAGAGCAGGUUGGUGCUUGCUACCUGGCCCAACCAUUCCUGAGAUUGCUUACCCGCCUACCACUGGAAUCCUACCCGGCACAUGUUCAUCUGCACCAAAAGGAAGCUACCGAAUUAGUGGAAAAGCUGGCUGCGCAGAAAAUGAAACCAUUGGCUCCAGCGGAACGGAAACCAAAAGCUCUAAGGCUUCUGGAACCUAGAUUCGAGGCGGUGUAUGAUGACAAACGGCGACCCAAGAUGACAAAGGCCAAAGAAGAGCGGGCCAAGCUACUGCACAAGAUCAAGCGCGAGAAGAAGGGUGCCAUCCGGGAGAUUCGCAGAGAUACAGCCUUCGUCCAGGAGCUUAAGCUCAAGCAGACACUACAAAGCGACAAGGAGCGCCACGAGAAGGUCAAGCGGAUCUACCAGGAGGCAUCCAUGCAGCAGGGCGAGCUCAACGAGCUGGCUCGUGCCAAAAAGAAGAAGAAGUUCUAGACGCGUUCCAGUUAGGUUGAUCUUGAAUUAGUUUUUAGCUAGACUAUACAUAAAGCUGAGAGUAAAGAACAGAGCAUUAAUGCUCCCAUUUUAAAAUCACAAAAUCGACCUUCAAAAUUGUAAAUACAUAUAUAGUCUUGCGAAUCUAAUAACCUAGAUUAUGCUAGGAACAACAGGGUGGGUUGAUUAAUUUCUAUAAAUAUACGUCCCCCUAAUGAACUAAA